AUGUUGGAACCUGUUCUCUUGAAUCCACUCACCAAUUUAUCUCUCUCUCUCUACCGACCCUUUUUCCCUUUCUUUCUCUUUCUUCAUCUUCCACAUUCUUUUCUUCUACAAUACUAUUGAAAACAAAGAGAGAGAAAAUUUGAGUGAGAUUUUCACAACAAUGGUGGUUUCUACUAAAUUCAUUCUCAAUGUUUGUUUCAUGCUGUUGCUUUUUGUGUUGCUUGUUCAAGAACAUACCAUGGCUUCACCACAGAUCUCUCAGCUUAGCAAUGUUGAAAUUGAGACACACAGGUUACCAAGCUUUAACGAUUCAUCAAUGGCGGCAAGGGAAAAAGAGGCUGAGAAAUUGAAUGAGCGUGCUGCCGUGGCUAAUCCGCAAGAGGUGGUUUCUAUGGUUGAGACGCACAUUCAGAACAGCACUGAAAGAAGGAAUCUCGGAUUUUUCUCCUGUGGAACCGGUAACCCUAUUGACGAUUGCUGGCGUUGCGACGCCAAUUGGCAACGCAACAGGAAGCGUCUAGCAGACUGUGGUAUUGGUUUCGGUAGAAACGCCAUUGGUGGUCGUGAUGGAAAGUACUAUGUUGUCACUGACUCAAGAGACGAUGACCCUGUUAACCCAAGACCAGGAACUUUGCGUCACGCUGUCAUCCAAGAUAGGCCACUUUGGAUUGUGUUCAAGAGAGACAUGGUUAUUCAGUUGAAACAAGAGCUUAUUGUGAACAGUUUCAAGACAAUUGAUGGAAGAGGAACCAAUGUUCAUAUUGCUAAUGGAGGAUGCAUUACAAUUCAGUAUGUUACUAAUGUUAUCGUUCACGGUCUUCAUAUUCAUGAUUGUGUACCAACUGGUAAUGCUAUGGUGAGAAGCUCAGAAACACAUUUUGGUUGGAGGACUAUGGCUGAUGGUGAUGCUAUUUCUAUCUUCGGUUCAAGUCAUAUUUGGGUUGAUCAUAAUUCUUUAUCUCAUUGUGCUGAUGGUCUUGUUGAUGCUGUCAUGGGAUCAACCGCUAUAACAAUUUCUAACAACCAUUUCACUCACCACAAUGAGGUGAUACUGUUGGGCCACAGUGACUCCUACACAAGAGACAAGCAAAUGCAAGUGACAAUAGCUUAUAACCAUUUUGGAGAAGGACUUAUUCAGAGAAUGCCACGUUGUAGACAUGGAUAUUUCCAUGUGGUGAACAAUGACUAUACUCAUUGGGAGAUGUAUGCUAUUGGUGGAAGUGCUGACCCUACAAUCAACAGCCAGGGUAACAGAUACAAUGCUCCUACUAACCCUUUUGCCAAAGAGGUAACUAAGAGAGUUGAAACACCAGAAGGCCAAUGGAAAGGAUGGAAUUGGAGGUCAGAAGGAGAUUUAUAUCUCAAUGGUGCAUACUUCACAGCAUCAGGUGCUGGAGCUUCAGCUAGCUAUGCAAGAGCCUCAAGUUUAGGAGCAAAAUCUUCCGCUAUGGUUGGAACCAUUACAUCAAAUGCUGGCGCACUCGGUUGCAAAAGAGGUCGUCAGUGCUAACAAAAAACCAUUUCAAGAAAUCAAACAAGACAAGACAACCAUUUUUCUGUGUCUGAUUUUUAAGUAUUUUUUUCUUUUUUUUACUAUAUGAUAGUAUAUCAUAUAUCAUAUCCAUUGUUUUUUUUCUUGCAUCAUGUUGCAUUCUUGACAAGUGUACAUUAAUUACACUAUGUCACUAUGUUAUUAUUGUGUGUCAAAAACUAAAACCAAAACCAAACCAAAACCUUAUUAGCUGCUCAACUUGCUCCAGCUGAAAAUGCAAAAUUGUAGGAGCAGGUGCAGAAGCGCUUCUCUACUUUUCUACCUUUGGUACUUCACAACUCAUUUCAUCACCAACCUUACCCACCAAUUUCAUAUGCAUAUUUUUCCACAUGUCAAAUCAUGUCUCCCUUACAAACUUGUUCAGUCCUUUUCAGUUUUAUUUUAUAGGAUUUGAAUCUCAAGAAGCCAAGAUAUAUAUAAAUAUUUUUACUUUUUUACUACUCUUUGUUUUGUUUGAGUUAAUUAUACGAGAAAAAAAAAAGUAUGAUUGUCAAAGUUGAGUAAUGGAAACACUUUAUCUAUUAUGGUGAUUAUGGAAUAGAAAUAGUAUUGGUGUUGUUGUUUUUC